AUGCUUUCUAGAGAGACGGAAAUGCUCUUUAGCAGGCUAGAUUGCUAUGACGUUCUCAAGACUUUAGGCAAAGGAGCUACAUCUAAAGUGAAGCUACUUCAAGAGCCAACCUCAAGAAUCCUAUAUGCGGCCAAGAUUUUCAAAUAUUCCCAAGAUGAUAUUGGCCUAAGAGACCAAGUUUACACAGAAAUAGAAUGUUUAAAUAGAAUUUCUCAUAAGCGCGUUAUAAAGUACUUUAACUAUUGUGAAGGAGGAGUUUACCGGAAAAAAAAUCAAACUAGUUAUCGCUGCCUUUAUAUCUUGAUGGAAUACUGUAUAAAUGGUGAAUUUUACGACCUUAUAAAUGACUACGGAAGCCUAGACACUUAUUUGUGUCGAUUUUAUUUUAGACAAUUAAUAGAAGCAUUAGAAGCUUGCCAUAGGGUAGGUGUAUAUCACGGCGACAUAAAGCUUGAAAAUUUGCUACUAGACAGCGAAUUUAACCUCAAAUUAAUUGAUUUUGGUUCGUCGAACUAUAAAAAUCUCAAAGACCUUUUUUCGAUUCGAGGAACAGAAAACUACAUGCCACCAGAAAUAAGACAAAAUUCUCGAUACGACCCUGAAAAAGUUGAUGUCUUCGAAGCAGGAGUUUUAUUGUUUAUUAUGUUCGUAGGAGUUCCACCUUUCAAUUUUGCUGAUAUUUCUGAUAACUUUUACCGAUGCUUGAUAGGAGAAGAGACCUCAAAAAUAUUCUGGAGAUACCAUCAGAAAAAAAGAGAAAAUAAAAUUUUCACCACAGAGUUCACAAAUUUGAUCGAAAGAAUGCUUGCGUUUAACCCUGGAGAUAGGCCAAGUAUAACUGAUAUCAAAGAAGAUGUCUGGUUUAAUGCAGAAGUCCCUAACAAAGAAGAAAUUGUGAGGAUGAUUGCAUACCUAAAGACUAAUAACUCAGAAUCAUAA